GCGGUGAGCUGCGCCGCACGCCGGAUAGGCCGCGAUUCGGAGAGACGCUCCACCAGCUGAGGGCUGUGCAGCAGGGCCGCCAGCAGCCGCCGUAGAACCAUCCUCGGAGCGACUCGGAACCCGGAACACGCCGCUCUCGCUUCUGAUCGGCGACGUCAGACAAGGGAACACGUUUGCGCCGGCGCCGCGGAAUGACGACACUGCCGCGCUGGGAUUGGGUCGCGGGACCUUCACUUUCGGCAGUCGCCUUUAGUGCGUUUCCGGUUCCGCCACCGCCGCGGCGGCCGACUUAUUCUUGGGGUGGAAGCGUCGUCGGCUAGGACUCUGCACUAUGUCGGGUGGCCUGCUGAAGGCGCUGCGCAGCGACUCCUACGUCGAACUGAGCCAGUACCGGGACCAGCACUUCCGGGGUGACAAUGAAGAACAGGAGAAGUUACUGAAGAAAAGCUGUACAUUGUAUGUUGGAAAUCUUUCCUUUUAUACAACUGAAGAACAAAUCUAUGAACUCUUCAGCAAAAGUGGUGACAUAAAGAAAAUCAUCAUGGGCCUGGAUAAAAUGAAGAAAACAGCGUGUGGGUUUUGCUUUGUGGAAUACUAUUCAAGAGCAGAUGCUGAAAAUGCCAUGCGAUACAUAAAUGGAACUCGUCUGGAUGACCGCAUCAUUCGCACAGACUGGGAUGCAGGCUUUAAAGAGGGCAGGCAGUAUGGCCGUGGACGAUCUGGGGGCCAGGUACGAGAUGAGUAUCGACAGGACUAUGAUGCUGGGAGAGGUGGCUAUGGAAAAUUGGCCCAAAACCAGUGAGUGGUGAAAGCCCCAUCAUGAAAAACUCACUCCUUUGGCCUGUUGAAUCUGAUGUGCAUUACCGAAGGUCUGCAAACCUGCCUGUUUUUACCAAGCUUUAAUCAAUGUUUCUACUGAGCCGGAAGCCUCUUCAUGGUUUUCCUCUUCAAAUUAUUAAAGGACAGAAUCCAAAAGAAUGCCUUUAAUUCUAUAGUGUUAGAAUCCUGUGUCAGAUUGAUGUACUACAGAAUGAUUUCUGUUACCAGGUCAAAAAAAUUGUGUUCCUUAGCAGCAUAUUUGGUGUAUAAUGUUGAUCCAUCAGCCAAAAAUAAUACACUUCUUUUAGGAAGAUUGGAAAAAGAAUUUAAGUGUUUACCAUGUUUGCAUCUAACUAGGUUCAUGGUCUUCUACCUUGAGACCUAGAAUUACUAUUUAAAAAUUUUUAAGUUUGCCUGACAAAGUUUAUUAAAGGAGAGCUUUGCUAUGUAAUGUAGCUUUGCCCUAAAUUAGGAACUGGUAUUUGACGACUGAAUUUUUUUCCAUUUGAAUUCUAAUCUCUAAAGGCAAACUUAAGAAGUUCUUUUGUAGUACAGUGGGUUGAGGAUCCAUCAUUGUCACAUGUCACAACAUUGCAGUGGCAUGGGUUCGAUCCCUGGCCCGGAAACGUCAUAUGCCUCAGGUGCAAGUUAAAAAAAAAAAAAGGCAAACUUAAAGAGUCAAGAGAACUUCCUAAAUAGUGUAAAAAUGAUAAGUUGUAGUCCCAGGGGAUACCACCUGCUUACAUGCUUUAUAUAUCUGGAAAUCAGGUACAGGACUUGAAGGGUAUUUACUAAACACAUUUUUCAAAAGAUGCAGUUUAACUAAAGCUAAAAAAAAAAAAAAAACCCCAGGGUAUGUACUACAGGGAACUUCAAAUACUCUAA